GGACGAGGCAAAAGAAGAAGAAGAAGAAGAAGAAGAGCUGCAUCAGAAGUUUCUAAAGGUCAGAGGUCAUUUCAGUCAUCUGAUCUGAACCAACCAGGAGACAGAAAACAACCUUCAGCAUGGAGGCGUGACAGACAGGAUCUGCAGCCAUAAUGGCGUCCAUCAAAGGACGAACAGGAAGUCUGAACAUGCUGCACUUCCUCCUGGGUGUGUUACUGGUUCCUCCUGAAGGGGUCAUCAGUCUGGAACUGCAGCCUUCAUCCUCUGAAGUUCUGAUCAACUCAAACUCCAACUUCACUGUGGUGUGUUCGGGCUGGAGUCAGGUGACAUGGCAGUUACCUCUGGACUCUCAGGUGGACGGGGUCAUUGUGGAGAAUCAGGGGUCCAGUAGCAUCCUGCAGCUCUAUAAUGCCACCUGGAGGAAUUCUGGGAGAUACACCUGUGAAGAGGCAUCGUCCUCUCAGAGCAGAGAGAUUGACAUCUUCAUACCUGGUCAAGGUCCUGAGGAAUGGUUCAUCCCGUUGGGUCGAGGUGUGGUGAUGAAGGAUGCUGAAGAAGAUACUAUCCCCUGUGUAGUGUCCGACCCACGGCUCAACGUCUCGCUAUACGAACGUCCCGGCAGGACGCCGGUUACUAGGAUGACGUACGAACCGGGCCGAGGCUUCACCGGGCGUCUGAACGACACUUCGUAUGUGUGCUUGGCCUCCCGCGGAGACGAGGAGAGAGAGUCUCAGGUGUACUAUGUCUUCAGCAUCGUAGUCCCUAAGGUCAUGGAGGUGGACCUGGAGGUGUCCAGCAGUGUGUUGAAGCAGGGGGAGGUUCUCACUGUAAACUGCACUGUCAAAGACACUGAUGUGGUCUACUUCUCCUGGGACUUCCCCCGCAGACAGGAAAUCGAACCUGUGACAGACUUCCUGCCCCACCGCAUCCGCUCCUUCGUCAACAUCUCAGCGGCAACGGUGGAAGAUUCUGGUGUGUAUGUGUGCACAGUGAAGGAGAAGGUGCAGGAACAAACUGUGUUGAAAAACAUCACAGUGACAGUACUGGAUCAAGGUUACGUCUACCUGUGGCCUUUAGGUGAGCCCAACGUGUCAUCUCUCCUCCAUCACACGGUGGACUUCAGAGUGGAGAUUGACGCCCACCCUGCCCCCACUGUCCUCUGGACCAAAGACAACCAGACGGCCGCCACGGAAACCACCUUCGUCAACACCACACACCUGACAGGAAGCAGGUAUAUGAGCACGCUGACACUGGUACGAGUCCAGAUGAAUCAGACAGGAAGAUACACAGCAACCGUUUCCAAUGACGAUGAUGAAGAGGAGAUUGUCUUCAACCUGGAGGUCACAGCGCCCCCCAGGAUCACAUCUCUGUCGGAGGUUGGCGGAAAGGCGGUGCUGUGUAUCAGCGAGGGAGCUCCACCCCCAUCUGUCACCUGGUACACCUGUCACAGCUCACACAGGUGCAGCAAUUUGAUGGGCGGCUGGAGAAACCUAUCAGCAGCCGUGGAGGGCGGGGCUCUGCGGGAGAACGUCACUGAGGUGGAGAAGAGAGGUGUCACCCAGGUACGCAGUGUGUUGACUCUGGAGAGUCUCACCUCUCUGUCAGCUGUUCGCUGUGAAGCCAAAAACUCUGCAGGGCAACGAGCCAGAGACCUCCGAAUACUGUCCAACUCUCUCCUGUCUCAGGUUGCCGUCCUGGCAGUGGUUCUGGUUCUGGUUGUCCUCGCUGUUGUGUUCCUCAUUAUCCUCAUCCUCCUCUGGAGAAAAAAACCUCGUUAUGAAGUUCGUUGGAAGGUGAUCGAGUCUGUUAGUGCUGACGGACAGCAGUACACCUACGUCGACCCUGCCCACCUGCCCUACAGCUCCACCUGGGAAGUACCACGAGACAACAUAGUACUAGGUCAGGUGUUGGGUUCAGGUGCAUUCGGUCGUGUCGUAGAGGCAACCGUCUCCGGUCUGCUUCACUCUCAUUCUACAACUAAAGUGGCUGUCAAGAUGGUCAACCCCAACAGCGGUGCAGCUCAGUCUCUGAUGUCAGAGUUGAAGGUUAUGGUUCAUCUCGGUCCUCAUGUGAAUGUCGUCAACCUGCUGGGAGCGUGCACGAGAGGAGGUCCUGUCUACCUGAUCACUGAGUUCUGUCGUCAUGGAGACCUGGUGAACUACCUGCAGAGGAACAAACACACCUUCUUACAGAGAGACAGACACAACAAGAGUGAGAGUGACGGAGGGUACAUGGAUAUGAAUAAGGAGGAAAACGCUCAGUACGUCGCCAUGAAGGAGCUCAACUACGCCGACAUUGAACCUGCAGUGUACGAGAUGCCAUACACACCGCCAGACCAUCAGGAGGCGUCUCUCCUCCUCAGCGACUCUCCUCUCCUCACUCUCAAUGACCUCCUCAGCUUCUCCUUCCAGGUCUCUCAGGCCAUGGACUUCCUCUCCUCCAGAAACUGUGUCCACAGAGACCUGGCAGCGAGGAACGUCCUGGUCUGUGAGGGGAAGCUUGUGAAGAUCUGCGACUUUGGGCUGGCCAGAGAUCUGACGAAGGACCAGGACUACAUCGCCAGAGGAAAUAGCUUUCUGCCGGUGAAGUGGAUGGCUCCAGAGAGUAUCUUCCAGAACAUUUACAGCUCUCAGAGUGAUGUCUGGUCCUACGGAGUCUUACUGUGGGAGAUCUUCUCUCUGGGUGACAGCCCUUACCCCGACCUCCCCAUGACGCACGAGUUUUACUCUGCUCUGAAGAAAGGAUACAGGAUGAGCCAACCUGACCGCGCUCCUGACAACAUUUUUGAUCUGAUGAAACUGUGCUGGGAGAAGAAACCUCAGUCCAGACCUUCUUUCUCCUCAUUGGUCGUCUCCAUGGGCAACAUGUUGAGUGAAGACUACAAAAAGCGUUACCUGCAGGUUACUGAGAACUUCCUGAAAGGUGAAAAUCCGGCGUUUGUUCGAUGCAGACUGAGUCCGUCCACAGCUGCUGGAGAUCAGGCUGACGAAGAGCCCGACAGAAACGACAGCCCCGCCCCCCAGGUGAACGUUCCCCUGCUGGAGGCGGAGUCGAAGGAGGAAGGCCCCUCCCGCGGCACUUACAUCAUUCCCAUCCAUGACAUCACCAUAGAAACCAGCAGCGGCGCUGCGCUGGACGCAGUCAGCCCUUUACUGUCAGAGUCUUUGGACACACCAGGAGCACAGGAAGUGACAUCAUCCGAGGACAGACAGGAAGCUGAGGAGCCUCCUCAGAUAUCCUGCAGACCUGAGGAAGAGGGGAACUUCCUGUGAAUGGUUCUCCUGCCAGGCGCAGCAGAGGGCUGGAUAACACUGAUAAAACAUGACAUCAUCAACAGGUUCUGCUCAGCAAGGCAGGCACUGAGGGUUUUUUUUACCCAAAUGCCUGACUACAAGGCUGUGGAAGGAAACUUGCUUUAAAGCUAUGAGAAGCCGCUUAGGCCAAAAUAGAAUACUUUGCACGCUCAUACAUACAGACAUACUAUCAUGUGUAUGUAUGUUUGUGUGUGUGUGUGUGUGUGUGU